UGUGUUUUACUUAAAAAAUAAUAUAAAAAAGUAAAUUUUAUUUAAUAACAUUUAAAAAAAAUAUGAAAAAUAUUAUUAAUUAACCAAAAAAGCCGCAAAAACAAAAGCUUGCUUAUGCAUUAGUGAGUAAAAAUGGAAAAAAGAAAAACAACAACUAUCAGCGCAGCACAUUUCUAAGAAUAAUUACGCCAGAAACAUGUUUUUAGCAAUUAAAUAAUUAAAAUGAAAUUAUUAUAACAAAAAACACAUACAAUUUUUAAGAAAACAAAAACAAAAAAAUUUGUAAACACAGCAGAAUUCUAAAGGAAAACAAUAACAUUUAAAAAUACCAACACAAAACCCUAUAAGACUUAAAAAUGAGACCAAAAAUCGACAAGGAUUUACUGCCUAUGAAGGCUCAUUAUUUUUUAUUUAAUGCUGGUACUGCACCUGUUGUACCAUUUAUGCCAACAUUGGCUAAACAAUUAGGCUAUUCCAGUGUGGUGGUGGGCACAAUGUAUACAAUAUUGCCUAUAAUAGGCAUGUUAGCAAAACCAAUAUUUGGUUUUAUAGCAGAUCGUUAUCAACGUCAUCGCAUGUUAUUUAUUAUCUCCGAAAUUUUAACCGCCAUUGCCUUUUUUCUCAUCAUGUUUACACCCGCCAUACCCAAAGAGCCUAUAGCUGUAGAAUUCCACUGUCAUGCCGGUGUAACCGAUCUACGUUACUGCUCCGAAUUUGAUAAAUGUAUGAAUAAUGAAUUACAAGAACAUUAUGCCAAUCAAACGCUCAACUGCAAACUCCACUGUCAAGCUAAACCUUUUAUGUGGGAUAUAAUAUGUGAAAAUUGGUUAAAUAAUACAGAUUGUACACCAAAUACCACCACAACUAUGGACAUAACCACCUAUGUUGAUAUGGGUCAAAUGGAGGUGGAAAAUUCCUGUAUGUUUUUUAUGAUACCACAUCUCAAAGGAUCAAUAAAUGAUAAAAAUGUUACUAUGUUUUGUCCGAGUAAUAAGGAAUAUUUUAAUGCUUCCUGUAGUUUAGAUUGUAAAGAUGAAUAUCUUGACAGUAAAUUGGGUUUAAGUCCGGUUAUUAAUAAUAAAGCGGCUAUGGGUUUAUACCAAUUCUGGUGGUUCUUUGCUAUGUUGAUAAUAUCAUGGAUCGGCAUGGCGGCGGUGGUUAGUAUAGGUGAUGCUAUUUGUUUUGGCAUUUUGGGAGAGCGUGCUCAUUUGUAUGGUAAACAGCGUUUAUAUGGUUCUGUGGGUUGGGGUAUAUUUUCCAUAAUUGCGGGCGUUUUAGUGGAUAAAAUGUCUAAGGGUGUAGAUAAGGAUUAUACUAUAGUAUUCUGGAUGACUUUGGUGAUAAUUGCUUUGGAUGUGGUGGCUUCCAUGAAGUUAAGGCACACACAAACUCAUCUUUCUCCCAAUAUCCUAAAAGAUGUUGGUCAAAUGUUCCUUUCCGUACGUUGUGUCGUCUUCUUUAUAUGGUGCGUUUUUAUAGGACUCGGUACAGCUUUAAUAUGGAAUUUCCUCUUUUGGCAUUUAGAAGAAUUGGCCGGCUGUGAAGAGACCUCCAUGAAAACUCUACAGGGAGCAGUAAUGGCCAUACAAUGUUUUUGUGGUGAGCUACCGUUUUUCUUUUUUUCCGGUUGGAUUUUAAAGAAAAUUGGUCACGUCAAUGCCAUGAGUCUGGUGCUAUUCGGUUUUGGAGUACGUUUUAUAUUAUACUCUAUGCUGCAAGAUCCCUGGUAUGUUUUACCCAUCGAACUAAUGAAUGGUAUAACAUUUGGUUUAUUCUAUGCCACUAUGGCUUCAUAUGCCAGUAUAGUGGCACCGCCAGGGACAGAAACUACUAUGCAGGGUCUGGUGGGUGCUAUUUUCGAAGGUGUGGGCGUAUCCAUGGGCAGCUUUAUAGGCGGUUUACUAUUUGAAUCGGUGGGCCCUGGCCAUACCUUUGAAAUCUUUGGUGUUAGUGCCUUUAUAGCCUUUAUUGUACAUGUUUGUUUGCAAAUGUAUUUGCAACGUCAUCACGCUAGUUCAGAUAGUGAUAAUGGUAAGCAAAUUCUUCCUGAUAGUAAUACCAAUGAGUCUUUAACUAUUAAACCUUUAAAUGACAAUAAUGAUCUUAAUUAUACACAAGAUAUUUUAAACCCAGACAAUGCUCCGGCAGCUAAAUUUACACAAGUUGAUUUAAAUUCUUAAGUUUUUCUUUUAAAGCUUUAGGUUUUGUUUAUGUUAUUUUUCCGUAAUUACCAGAAGUUAGUUUUAAACAAAACUUUAAUAAACAGCAUAUUUUGUUUAUUAAGCAAUAUUUUUUCUCUAUUGUAUACUUGCCCUUGUACUAUUAAGUUUUAAAUAUGAUUAGUUUUUUUUUUAAUAUUUUAUUAUUGUUCAAAUA